AUGGAUGGUGAUGGAGAUUAUACCGAUGAACAAAGUAUUGUUAAUAUGGUUCAAAGUAUUGCACUAUCUGAUUGCAUUGGUAUGAUAGAUGGGACUCAUGUUGAUGCAAUGCUUCUGAUUAAUCUUGUUGCACAAUUUCGAGGCCGCAAAGGUGUUACACAGAACGUACUUGCAGCUUGCACCCCAAACAAAUCGUUCACAUAUGUUUUAGCAAGCAAAUACUAUAUGUGUGAUGCUGGGUACCCCACCAUGCCAGAUUUCACAUAUCGUGGUGUUCGAUAUUAUUUGAAAGAACAUUCAGGUAAAACACCUAAGAAUAGAAGGGAAUUAUUCAAUCUAAGAUAUUCUUCUUUGAGGUCUAAGAUUGAAUCUGUAUUUGGCACAUUGAAGAAUCGUUUCAAGAUUUUGUGUACUAAACCGUAUUACUCAUUUCCUACACAAGUAGAUAUUGUAUUGGCAUGCAUGAUACUUCAUAAUUUUAUUACAACUAUUGAUCCAAGUGAUAAACUACUCAACGAGUCCGAAAUUAAUAAAGAUAUUGAUGGUGAGGUAAUUUAUGAGAAUGACAAUAAUUUAGUUGAUUUUACUCAGACUCAAACACAAAGAGAGCAAACUGAAUUAAGAAAUGAGUGGAAGACUCUUAGGGAUGACAUUGCCUGGGCGAUGUGGGUGGACUACUGUGAUAAGUAUAAUCAUGGUGUAACCACUGAGACUUAA